CGCCCGCCAGGGGGCGCUGCUGCGCCUUCCCGGCCCUGUUGAGCGCGAGGCGAGACCGGAAGUCGGCCAUGUUCGCCCUGGUGCACGACGGGAGCUGUAGUCGCUCAAAUGACCAGCACUUCCGGCCACGUGCUUCUUCUGACGCAUGAUGGGAACUGUAGUUCAAAUUCAAAGGUAAAACCGGAAGUGGCUUGGCGGCCAUGUUGGCACACGAUGCAUCCUGGGAGCUGUCGGUUUUUUUAAAAAGGGGGGAAGUUCGGCCAUGUUGGUGCCCGAUGCAUCCUGGGAGCGGUCGGUUUUUUUAAAAAAGGGCGGAAGUUCGGCCAUGUUGGCGCCCGAUGCAUCCUGGGAGCGGUCGGUUUUUUUAAAAAAGGGCGGAAGUUCGGCCAUGUUGGCGCCCGAUGCAUCCUGGGAGCUGUCGUUUUUUUUUUAAAAAAGGCGGAAGUUCGGCCAUGUUGGCGCCCGAUGCAUGCUGGGAGCUGUCGUUUUUUUUAAAAAGGGCGGAAGUUCGGCCAUGUUGGCGCCCGAUGCAUGCUGGGAGCUGUAGUUUGUCGUGACAAACAACUCGGGCGGGGUCUCCGCCUCGUGCCCCGGGCGUUACCGGUCCGUACUGGACGUUACCGGUCCGUACCGGAGGCAGCUGCUCGCCCCGCCCCCAUGACAUCACCCGCACCGAGGCAUCAUGGGUAGGCGGCCGAAUUUACUGAGGGACGGUCACCGCCACGUCCGGGGGGGCACCCAGGUGUGCCAGGUGACCCCUCAUGUCCAUUUGAAGGCCCCCAGGUGUCCCAGGUGUGUCCCCCGCUGUGCCAGGUGUCCCCAGGUGUCCAUUGGGAGGUUCCCAGCUGUCCCAAGUGUGUCUCCAUGUGUCCCAGGUGUAUCCCAGCUGUCCCCAGGUGUAUCUCAGGUGUGUCCUCGCUGUCCCAGGUGUCCGUUGGGAGGUUUCCUGGUGUCCCCAGCUGUCCCAGGUGUGUCUCGGGUGUGUCCCAGGUGUGUCCCAGCUGUCCCAGGUGUGUCCCAGCUGUCCCAGGUGUGUCCCAGGUGUGUCCCAGGUGUCUCAGCAGCGGCGGGCGCUCCCCGGGUACCGCAGCCUCAGCCCCUCGCGGAACUCGCGGUAGCGGCGCCGGUUCCGGCCCAGCUCUGUCCCAGGUGUGUCCCAGCUGUCCCAGGUGUGUCCCAGGUGUCCCCAGGUGUCCCAGGUGUGUCCCAGGUGUGUCCCAGGUGUGUCAGCAGCGGCGGGCGCUCCCCGGGUACCGCAGCCGGAGCCCCUCGCGGAACUCGCGGUAGCGGCGCCGGUUCCGGCCCAGCUCGGCCCAGGUGUGUCCCAGGUGUCCAUUGGGAGGUUUCCUGGUGUCCCCAGGUGUGUCCCAGGUGUGUCCCAGGUGUCUCAGCAGCGGCGGGCGCUCCCCGGGUACCGCGCUCGGAGCCCCUCGCGGAACUCGCGGUAGCGGCGCCGGUUCCGGCCCAGCUCGGCCCAGGUGUGUCCCAGGUGUCCAUUGGGAGGUUUCCUGGUGUCCCCAGGUGUGUCCCAGGUGUCUCAGCAGCGGCGGGCGCUCCCCGGGUACCGCAGCCGGAGCCCCUGGCGGAACUCGCGGUAGCGGCGCCGGUUCCGGCCCAGCUCUGGCCCAGGUGUGUCCCAGGUGUGUCCCCACCUGUCCCAGCUGUCCCCAGCUGUCCCAGGUGUGUCCCAGGUGUCCCCAGGUGUCCCAGGUGUGUCCCAGGUGUGUCCCAGGUGUCUCAGCAGCGGCGGGCGCUCCCCGGGUACCGCAGCCGGAGCCCCUGGCGGAACUCGCGGUAG